CUGAGGCAGCACGCACGCGCACUGAGGCAGCACGCACGCGCACUGAGGCAGCACGCACGCGCACUGAGGCAGCACGCACGCGCGCUGAGGCUAUGUAGCUUGACCCCUCUGCGUCAACUUCCAGCCUAGCCAAGGGCCACGACGUAAGGCCCGGUACAGAGGCUACGGCCUGUACAGACACAGGUAUUUUGGGAGACUGCCAAGAAUUCUGUGAUUUGUUUUCUUGCUGGCGGGUUUCUUGGUAUUAAUUGUGAAGUUAGGCUGGUGGCUCCAGUGUGGAGUUGGGACAUUCGGCAGACCUAUACAUUUGUAUCAGAGACACUAUUUUUAUCCCGCUCAUCAAGGCACUUGCAGUUUCCCUUCUUUUUAGGGCCCCUGUUGCCCCACGAUGCAACAGUCUUUAGAACAAGCUCUGGACUGUGCGGAGUAUGUCAUUGCCAGUGCCCAGCAGAGGCCUCCUAAAAGGAAAGGCUCAGCGAGUGGGGGCGCAUCUCUGGAUGAAAAACUUUAUGACCUGUAUGUGGAAGAAUGCGGGAAAGAGCCUGAAGCUACGGAGGAAUUAAGAAGCAACGUGAACUUGUUGGAGAAGCUCCUGAGGAGAGAGUCGUUGCCCUGCUUAGUGGUCAACCUAUACCCAGGAAAGGAGGGCUAUUCGCUGAUGCUCGAGGGCGAAAAUGGAUCCUAUUCGGAGACCAUUCGACUGCCUUACGAGGAAGGGGAGUUGCUCGAAUACUUGGAUGCUGAACAAUUACCUCCUGCUCUGGUGGAUCUCCUGGAAAAAUCUCAGGUUAACUUUUUUCACUCUGGGUGUGUCAUAGCCCAGGUACGGGACUACCGGCAGUGCAGUCGGGAACCUCCCGGCUACGCGAGCAGGCAUGUUCUCCUGCGGCCAACGAUGCAGACGUUAGCCUGCGACGUGCAGUCCAUGACCGGCGAUGACCAGACCUGGACCCAGGAAGACAGGUUUUUGCUGGAGAGCCAGCUGAUCUUAGCCACGGCCGAACCGCUGUGUCUUGAUCCUUCUGUAUCCGUAUCCUGCACUGCAAACAGGCUGCUCUAUAACAAGCAAAAGAUGAACACUGGCCCCAUGAAAAGGAGCUUCAAGAGGUAUUCUGCACCCUCCCUGAACCGGCAGCAGGAGCUGUCUCAUCGUCCACCUCCUCCUGAGCUGAGAGUAUGGCCUUCUUACAAAAAAAGCAGAGAAAGUACAACAAGUGAGAAUUGUGACUUUGUAAUUUCUAAACCGGGGAAUUAUGUAGAUACGUGGAAACAGAGACCCUGUGACUUGGCUGUACCUUCUGAAGUGGACGUGCAGAAAUAUGCUAAAUGGGAGAAGUUUGUCAAAUAUGAUGAGUCACAACCAACAGACUGGCCAGCCCACGAGGCAAAAGAUGAUUUUGAAUUUGGAUAUGAAGGUGGCGAUGAGUCUCAAAGCCCGCCAGCCUUCAUGCAGUCACUUAAUGAUCCACUUAUCUCUGGUAAAAGAAGGGUACGUAAAAAAAUCAGAUAUGAAAGACAGGCAUCCCCUCCGCACUCCUCCACAGGUGACCAUUCAACUAGUGUUCUGCCUAGGUCAAAGAGUGAUGCUGGGAGGGAAGUCACUGUGUCACAGAGCUCCAGUGGCUCAGCCAGCCUCAGCCAGCUGCCUCCAGGGAAAGAAACAGAAGAGCCUGAUAUCCUGUGUGUUCAGUCUUCAGUCCUGGGGAAGGCAGUCAGCCAUCCAUCUCCAGCCAUCAAACCUCCCUCAAGCUCAGGAAAGACUUGGUCAGGUAACAGUUUUACUCCAUGGCAGGGAAGCAGCUUUCUUAAAUCUCCAUCUCCUGCUCCAGCUUCUAAGCCACCAAGUCCUUCCCAGAAAUCCCCUGUGGAAGUGAAUCCAAUCAGCACAUUUCCUGUGGCCACUCUGUCUACCACCAGCUCUCUACAAAGAACCCUGGCCACCCAGGUCAUGGCCAAUUCUGCUGGCCCCAACAUCAUCCAAGUGGUGGGCCCUGUCAGUGGAGUCCAGGCUUGGGCAAGGGAUUCCAGCCUUGGGCAGGGCUCUACCACUGGGGCCACAGCUCCUGCGGGAAUCAAGCCCAGUAACCUGCCCUCAGGAUCUUGGCCACCAAAUGUAGGGCCCACGGCACUGCAGCCUCCUUCUCAAGCAGGUGCUCAGUUUUUUUUUAAAGAUGCCCCAAGUAUCAGGCCAGUAAGCAUGUUCCAGCUUCCACAAGGUUCAUACCUUUUGAACACCCAGCAACUGAACACACAGCAACAGCCUCAGCAGCAGUGGCUCUAUCAGCUGAUUCCACAACAACAACUUCAACAACCUACAGCUUCCAGUCAGCAGCCCACAGCUCCUCAUCCUCAGCAGCCAGUAUCACAGGGUUCAAGUGCACAAGGGUCAACCAGUCAGAGAACAGCCUUAUCUGCUCAGCAAGCUGUUGUCCUUAACCUUGCUGGAGCACAAAGUUUGCUGCAGCCCCUGCAGGCAGCUGUGUUGUCUCCACUUGGCUGUGUGGAGAGCCAGAGAAGACCUGAGCAGAGCGGCUCUCAGCACACACUGCAGCUGUCCUCUGCCUUACGAGCUGCAGCCCCAGCAGCAGGUACAGCUGAGAAUUCUGCCACACCCGGUGCCUCUGACAACAGUGGCCGCCCCAACAGCUCAGCCACAUCCAUCUAGCGAGCAGACAGCAAAUCAGUCAACAGGUAAAAUGAAGAAAGGCACACCAACCACUCCAAAAUCCUAGAUCUUGCAUUACAUUUCCCUCUCUCUUUUAAACAAAACAAAACAACAUUGAAGCAAAGGGUUUCUGACUUUUUACUUCAUCUUUGUCUUUGAUGUCUCAGUAUUUUACACUGCUAGGUAAACAAACCAUACAGAAGCCCAACCCUGUGCUUUUUAAAUAAAGACAGUGGAGUGAUUUAAUGAAAAACAAAAUGAAUGGACUUUGAUAUUAGCCACCAUGAGGUCAGUAUCCCAUCUCUGCAAUUAACUAACCUUAAACCUGUUUCUUAAGUGGCUCUCCAGUUCCUUAUCUGUAAAAUGGGAAUAGGAAUAUUCCCUUCUUAAGUUUAUUGUCAAGGUUAAUAUAAGAUAUAUUAAAUACUGAAAUUUAAAUUAAUUUUAAUGAAUACAAAUGUUAAAUAUUUGAAAGAAAGAAACAUAAGUACUUAAGCUGAAAAUGAACUACAGUAAUAAUAUUAGUGCAAAUAAUAGUUUUGUUGCAUUACAUAAAAGCCGACCUUGGAAGCAAGAGCAAAUACACCAUAUGAAUUUAAUUCCUCACAAAGAACCACCCUAGACUUUUAAAUGCACCCACGCACACACCCACACCCACACACCUCUCUUAGGUUUUCAAGUUAUAUAGAUAUAGGUACAGUUAUAGACAUAUAGAUCCAGAUCCAGAUAUAGAGAUUUUAAUCCUCUAUUAAAUAAAGAGUAACCCUUUUACUCUACCUAGAUGGCCCACAUGGUGAAUUCUCUCUCUGAUAAAACUGGAUGCAUUAGGCACUUGUAAUUCGUUCCUCAGUAAUUGAGGGAUGAUUGGGAUAUAUGACUCAAUAUCAUUUGCCAGACAAUAUUCGUCCAAUGCAUUAUUCAUGUGGUGCUUAUUAUUUUACAAACACUUCAUAAUAUACAAAUGCACCUGCUGUCUGUCUCUUGCUCCCCUAUUCCAUCUUCCUCCUCUAGUCUGUCUCAAUUAUUUUGUCCCCAUCAGACAAUAACCACUAGAGAGAAAAAGUAAAAGUUUCUUGACUUAGAAUGGACACAUGAAUGAAAAAUGCUAAGUUUAGAUGAACUGUGAAACAAAUUACAACAGGUAAUUAUAGGGAAAAGAAUAGAUGACUGUGAUAUGAAAUUACCUUAAAAAUAGCUGCUAAUUAAAAGUGAUUUCUGCAGCUCCUAAACAAUAUAUUUUAUGAUAACAUUGUAAGGCAAGAAGGUAAAUGACUACAUUGAAAUCCCCUCAUUGCCAAAUUUGGAUGAAUUCAUAAAUGUGGAUAAUACUUUAAAAAUACUUAGAUGCAGGGCGCCUGGGUGGCUCAGUCGAUUAAGCAUCCAACUCUUGAAUUCAGCUCAGG